AUGACGUCGCUAAAGCACAUCAACAACGAAAUAGUGUCCAAGUUGCAAGGGACUGUGAAAGUUGACUUGGCGUCUCUUUUUUUUGCCAUCGGGCCGGAAGAAAUAGACGAAGUCGAUAAAGAUAAUGUGGAGCGCCUCGUGAAGAUUUUCGAGUUGGAAGGGUGCAACCGUCUUAGCCCAGCUCACUCCAUUCCUGGCUCUAUAUCGGCUGAUGUGCUCCAAACUGCGUUGGCACAUUCUAGCCUCACCAUCGAGAACUUGCGAGAUGUUGAACCACCCACCCUAUACCUGCCUCCAGGUUUGCAAAUUGAGUGCCUUCAAGGCAAGCAUCGCCUCGCAGCGUUAAGAGAGUCCAAAAAGCUCCAUCCCUGGUGGACGGUCAGACUCUAUGUUGCGAAGAGGCUCUACAAGCGCGACAGUCUGGCUGGGGCAAUUCGCCUCGUUCUUGAGAUGCCAGGCCAACGAAAGCACUUCAAACUAGGUGUCUGGAAAAGAAUAAUAACUGAAGGAUGUGACGAGGAGAUCGUACACUACCUCCGCCUCAUACAUGACACCUUUGCCUUCAUCAUGGGAUCUGACACAGCCCUGAGGCUUGUGGAUGAAGAGACGGUCCAAAGUUUCGAGCUCCGUGCCCCCGGAGUGUCACAUCAGGACGAUCUUUACGUUUCUGCUGCCGUGUCGGAAAAUGCGGUGCUCUGGUACCUGGAAGACGAAUCCGCCAGGGAACAAGUGAUUAGGCGACUGAGAAACGUCCACUACUUGAUUCCGACGAUCUAUUCCUUGCAGAUGGACUUCUACUACUUGCAGCAGUGCACCAGCGUCAUGAGAAGGCUGAUAUCCGGCAAGGAUCGCCUUCCCGUCACCGUACAGUCAUUGGCCUGGAGCGCCUUUACUCUCCCCCAUGCCUCGGUCUUCAGCCCUGAAUCAGAUUUUCUCGGAAACCUCAAGCUUCUCUAUCUCUAUAUCAUGCAGACCGCUGUCGAGCUUUCAGGCGAGAACCCGCUCCUGGAAGAUAAUGAAGAGAAGCCGGAGCCUCUGCAGUAUGACGAGAGUGCCUGGGUUCACUUAGCUAUGCAAGCUAAAGGCAAGGGGUUUGAUUCUGAUGAGAUAUCUCGGCUGUGUUCUGUGGACCUGGAACGUCAAGUGGCUUCGAACCUUCUCCAAGCCGCUCGGCCGCCUUCAGGCUUCGACUGGGGGAAGAACUUCGACAAGCUGGUUGAUAUGCAAGUCAAGAUCCUUAAGGAAGCGCAGCCUAUCCAAAACGAGCCCGGCAGUCCCGAGCUGAUCACUGAUCGUCACGGAGAACCAAUUGCUCGACGCUGUGGGCGCCAGUACUCCAAGGCUUAUGCUCACGACCGUCACUUCUAUACAGUAGACUUGUUUACAUGUAUGGUGCAGAGGGGAUCCGAUGUUACCUCCCUGUUUGUUCGGAGAUCUGUCUUCCAUGCUUUUUGGGGCAUUCAUGAGAUCAAGAACCGCGAGGGUUCAGGAAAUGAAGAUGACAUGCCGGAUGCGCCCGAGGAAGCAGGGGUAUCCGGCUCAGACGAAUCGCUGGAACUAUGUGCUCCGGAAGCUGAUGAAGAUGACGAAAUGAGAGACGCCCCAGCUUUUUCAAGGCAUUCAGAGCGAAAACAGCCACGCCAAACAUUGAGGAAAAGGAAAGCGCAGAGAGACCGGCUCAGAGAUGGGCCAGUUGCCAAGGUCCAAUCCAAGGCAACAGCUAAAGGGCCUCGCAGGGCCACCGCCGCUGGUAGGAGCUCGGCGGUCACAACAUUCAUUCCGCAGCUCGAGCUCCAGGCUGGGCCGCAAGAUGGACAACAAGCAACGGAGCCCGACCACCGACUGAUGACUAUGAUAGUCCGGAAAGACGGUAACCUGGAAGAUGCUAGGCAAUGUCGCCGCUCAUCAGUCAUCCAAGCAAUAGAUGAAUCGAGAAUGCUCUUUCUGCAGGCACACAGGCUCAUUCAGAAUCCCAGGCAACAAAAUGUUGCCUCCUACUUCAACCCUCGAUCCGACAGUGAACCAACCAGCGCCAACAAAAAGCCUAAACUACUGCGCCCAAGCCACCUCAUCAAGCGAACGAUUGAGGCUCAGGAGGGAAAUGCUGUGCGGAUGCUAGCCGGCUCGCCCCGGAAGCAAUAUAACGACAGAUACCAAAUCAAAUUUGGUCACAUGUUUGGCGUUGUCACGGCUCGUGGCUCCGGUCAAGUUCGGAUGAUUCGCACGAUCAAGGGACCUAAUGCCGACGAGCAUAUAUACAGUUCUUACGAUCUACAAGACAACUUUCUUAUUUCAGAGUUCAUGGAAACGUCUCUCCGGCAUCUAGGCCGGUCGCCAAUCUACCCUAACGAGGAGCAGCUCAGUUCUAUCUUGCAUCAGGUUCUUUCCGGUGUCGAAUUUCUCUUGCAGAAUAACUUGGUCCAUGAGCGGCUGUCUCCCGCGAACAUCCUGGUCAAUGCUGCUGGAGAAGUCAAAAUCUCCGAUAUUGACAACUGCCGACGAGACGGUGAUGGCACGAAGCUUCUAGAGUCGUUCAGCGGGUUGAUGAUGAAGCUGAUGGAUAAGGAGAAGGCAGGGCCUACAGUGACUGGGCUGUCUCACCCUGAUCGCUGGUCGGACGCGGCCUUUGACAUGUUCACUCUGGCUGUCUCCAAGCCUGGCAUCAAAGAGUUGAUGAAUCACAGGUUCCUGCUGAAGAGAGAUCAAAAGGAGCUGUGGUGGUUGGUUCUAAUGGUGCUUAUUUCUGCGAAGCAUGACAGAUGCUAG